AUGAAUAUUGCAAACCAUCAAGGAGAAACCAAAAAUAUGACCGAUCUAGAUAUGUCGGAAUUUAUUUUAAUAAAUCCGAUAGAAGGAUCGCAAUCGCAAGAAUACCAUGAAACUACAGACUCUGAUGAGAUGUUUUUUAACAGAGAUAGAACGGUAACAUUAUUAAAUUUGUAUAAAACAUAUAAACCGAAAGUAGCUUUAGGUAAAAUUAAAACGAUUAAAAGGAUGUGGGAAAUAAUUUCAACGGAAAUAUCAAAUAAAUUAAGAAUAACAAUUGGGCCCACAAAAUGUAAAAACAGAUUUAAGGUUUUGGACAGAGGAUACAAAAAAUUUACAGAUAACAAUAGAAAAACAGGCAGAGGAAGGAAGACGUUUGAUUAUGAAAAUCAGUUUGAUCAAAUUUAUCAUAAAAAGGUCAACAUUGAGCCAACAAUUCUUCUAAGUUCCAAGACCAUAUCUGUAAACCCAGAAAAACCACCGUCAACAAUGAUUAAUGAAGAAAUACCAAAUGACAAACCAUCGACAUCUCAGUCAAAGCCAGUUCAAAUCCCUGAGGUAGCUACAUGUUUACAAGUAAAUAGUAAAAGAAGAAAUCCUCGUAUUUCUUAUCAGAAAAGAAACGAGAUAUUAGUGGAAAUAAAAAAUGAUUUAAAAAACUACUACAAAGAGAAACUAGAAGUUGACAGGGAAAAGUUGCAAUUAAAAAAAGAUAAAGAAGAACGCAAAAGAAGGAAAUUAAAUAUAGAAAACUCUGAUGAGAUUUAA